AUGCAACGAAGAACUUGGAUUGGAAUUGGAAUUCUCGUUGGAGUCGUCCUUCUCAUUGCUCUCAUCGUCGGUCUUGUUGUCGGUUUGCGAAAACACAAAAAGAAAGAUUCGCCAGACAGCAGUCCCUCGCUCGAUGACAUCCUCAGCAAUGACUCCACUUUCCCGAAUGGAUCCUAUCAAGUGUCGACCGGAUCGCUGAAAGUUGGACCGAAGAAUUUGAAUCCUAUCCUUGUCACAUUGCAAGAUCUAAAAUCGCUUGGUUUGACGGUUGACAAUUCGUCACUAGUGGCCGAAACGAAUCGUUUAAGUGUAAUGUUUGUGCGAAUUCCAAGGAAUGGCACCGCAAGAAUGCAAUUCGGUGGUAUUGGUGUUCGUUUCGGGUCAUCCGACACUCUGAAUGUGAUUCCAUUAAAUCUCUCAUCGAUCACCAACUCGGGUCUCCGUUACAUUGGGUUGCUCAACUCGGAUCGAAGUGACGUCUAUCAAGUGCAAGUGCGGAUGGCGGAAGAGAUGUGCGCGAGCAGUGCCUCGGGAUCGUGCUCGAUCGUCAACUGGAGUCCCUAUUUUGUGUUUGGAGACAACCUCGGAUCAGCUGCCAAUUUCUCCAACGAGCUUCCAGUGGCAUGCGGUUCUCAAUGUGACGCGAAUUCGACGUCCCGAUGUGCGACUUCUUGUUCGGCGUGUGAUGGUCAACAAGUCGCCGGCGCCAACACUCCUGUCACUCGACGAUACCGAAUGAAUACGACAAGCGCGAGAAAUUUGCUUUUUUCGUAUCAGACAUAUCAAGUGCCCGAUCGAGUGACGGUUACGUAUGGUGGAGUGAACCUUUUCGAUAGUACUUGCAUUGGAACAAAUGACGAGCAGUUGACUCCGAUCACUUAUGAAGGCCGCUAUACAGAAGUUCGAGUCGACGUCGAGCCGAAUUGUGAUGGGACAACAUCAACGCAAUGGUAUUUCACGCUUCCCUGUGCCGGCGGUUGUCAAGGAUGUGAUGAGUAUACGUGUUUGGACGACCAAAGAGCUCACUGUGGAUCGGAUGGAUAUUUGAAGAGAUACGGAUGGUAUUUUUGCGAGAGCUAUUACGAUUCAUAUCAGAUGUUUGACGUGAUCGGGAAAAAUUUCAUCAACUGUGUUCGCCCGAAACUCUUGCCCUACGUGCAGAGCUAUUUAAAUGGAGUCAAAGGUGAUGUGAAUUGCACGGAUCUGUCAAAUAAAGCCUUCUCCAGCCACACGAAAAUCUAUGAACAAUGCGGUUUCUGCAACGCUCUCUCGACGAACAAACUCGCGUUUGGCGAGGUGCUCGUCGCGUGGCGGAAUUUCGUUUCUGCAGAUGCUUGGUCUCAACUCGGAACAAUGUUCUGUAAAUGUGCCUAUUGUAUUCCAGGAGUUUGCUCAAAUUGU